GUAUUUUCACAUGCAGUUACUGAGGGCUGGAUACAAUCUUGUAGUGGGCCAUAGUUUGGAGACCCCUGAAAGUCAGAGCACAUAAUCUGCAUACUUGUUCAAUGCUCAAUAAGUCAAAAACAUUGCACUUGGUAGCCAAGGUUCUAGUAUUUUCAAAAAGAGUAAUCAGCAACAGGGGCGGACUGACCAUUUGGAAACUCGGGCACUGCCUGAGGGCCCAGGGGUCAGUAAGGGGCCCCAUGAGAUGCCCCUGGUACCUUUUUCAUAGGCUUUUUUGAGUUUGGGCAAGGACACAGGGGCCCCAUGAUCCCCUAUUGCCCGGGGGCCCCAU